AUGAAUGAAGGUUUAAUUAGCAAUAGAUAUAAAUGUCCUGUUUGUGGGAAAGAUAUCUCUCUGGUUGAACGUAAAGAUCGAUCAGAUGGCUUUGAAUGGGUUUGUCGUGUGAAAGGUUCAAAUGCUCACCACAUAAAACGAUCUAUUAGAGAGGGAUCGUGGUUUGAGGAGUGUCAUUUGAUUAUGAUUGAUAUUUUAAUUUUUACUUGGAUGUGGGUGCAUGAAGCUAAUAGCGAAAUGAUUACAACGGAACUCAAUAUUAACAAUGACAAAACUAUAACGGAUUGGAAGAAUUUUUGUAGGGAUUUCUGUGUGGAUAUAUGUACAAGAAAGCGUGAAAUGAUUGGGGGACCUGGCAUUAUUGCAGAAAUAGACGAAAGUAAAUUUGGGAAACGAAAAUACAAUAGGGGUAAACGGGUGGAUGGAAAGUGGGUGUUUGGUGGUGUUGAAAGAGAGAGUAGAAGGUGCUUUUUUGAAGUUGCUCCAGAUCGCACAAAAAAAACUUUGUUGAGUAUAAUUGAACAAAAUAUCUUACCCGGAACAACGAUAAUGUCCGAUUGCUGGAAGUCGUACGACUGUCUUGCGGGAAGCGGGUUCGUGCACUUAUCAGUAAACCACUCUGAGACAUUUAGGGAUCCGGAAACCGGGGCCCAUACCAAUAAGAUGGAAGGUCUGUGGGCAGUUAUUAAAGGAGACUUCAGAAAAAAAUGUCACCCCCUCCGGUAA